ACACGUAUACGCCAGCCCCCCAUCAUAAAACGAUUUCCAAUAAUCCAAACGUAACCGUUUUCAUUGUCUUGUUCAUAACGUUGUGAUCUUUUAGGGUCCGUAAAAGCUUCAAAUCCAAAACUCUCUCAGCAAUGGCUUCUGCAAAGGCUAAGGAUCUCGUUUCCUCCAAUCCUGUUGUCGUCUUCAGCAAAUCGUAUUGUCCGUACUGUGUGAGCGUUAAGAAAUUGUUGACUGAACUUGGAUCUACGUUCAAAGCUAUCGAGCUUGAUCAAGAAAGUGAUGGAGGUGAGAUGCAAGCCGCAUUACACGAGUGGACUGGGCAACGAACUGUGCCAAACGUGUUUAUUGGUGGCAAGCACAUUGGUGGUUGUGACAGUACCACUGCGAUGCACCAAGCAGGGAAGCUGGUUCCUGCGCUGACGGAAGCUAAAGCAAUUGCUACCAAAUCUGCCUAAGCAACUAUUCUCGUGCUAUCUAAAUAAACGGUUAUGGGUUUAAGUAAUGGGUAGCAAAUGUUGGAUUCAAAUGUUUAGUAUUGGUUUCAGGAUAUGUGUUUGUUAUCUUGUGAUAUAAGUCACUUGACCAAAUAUUAUCAUCUGAUGACAUAGAAAAUCUGAAUCUCUAUGGAGAUCUAAAAUUAUUUUUGCUUCAGUAA